GAUUAGACGGUUAUUUAUGGUCUGAUGAGAGCGCCCCUUGGAGGAUGUAGAGACGCUAAUCACCGUAGAUUGAAAUAGAUCAACGGUUAGAUUGUGCUUAAGCUGGUGCACUUGGAUCAAUGACGUGGCAGGUAUCCGGGUGCCACGUAAUUCAGUGAUUCGUGCUUUGUUGAUGGGUUUGAUUUGGGCCACUCACGCAUCCAUCACCGGCCAGCUCGGAUGUUGGCGACAGUACCGUCGCCGCCGUAGAGGGCGGCAAUCACGGGCGGCCAAGGCGAUGGAUCGUCGUGGAAGAAGAAGAAGAAGAAGAAAGAAGCCCUUUUCCGUGGAGAUAAGAAGACCAGAUGUGCAGUGCACGCCCACCCGUUGUUGUCACGCCGACUUCUCUCUCUCUCUCUCUCUCUCUCCUCCCUUUUCUUUCUUUAACCAGGGGAGGCAGCGAGGGCAAUGCAAGGAUGGAAGGCCGCGAUGGCUUCUCCUCUUCACACCGAUACCCUCCUUUUGUUUCGGAGUUGCACCCCCCCUAUUCUGCAUCCAUCCCCUCACCUUUUUUUAGCCUUGUAGCUGGGAAAGCACGGUUCUUUGCGCGCCCCCUCUCCUCUCCCUCUCUCUUCUCGUCAGGUUCAUAUUUCUCUCGGAGGAGGAUAGGGAUCGAGAGGCGGAGAGGCAGGAACCGGGGAACGAGAUGCUGCAGAGGGCCGCGAGCAAUGCGUACUCGUGGUGGUGGGCGAGCCACAUCAGGACGAAGCAGUCGAAAUGGCUCGACGGCAACCUCCAAGAGAUGGAAGACAUAGUGAAAAAAAUGCUGAAGCUUAUCGAGACCAAUGCUGAUUCCUUUGCUAAGAGGGCAGAGUUGUAUUUUAAAAGGAGACCAGAGUUGAUAAGCUUUGUGGAAGAUGCUUACAAGGCUUAUCGAUCAUUGGCUGAUAGAUAUGACCACAUUUCGGGAGAAUUACACAAGGCCAACCACACCAUAGCGACUGCUUUUCCUGAACGUGUUCAGUAUGCAAUGCUAGAUGAGGAGGAGGAUACCAUUCCAAAAGCAAUAACUCCAAUUGAUCCGAGUAAAAUUAACAGGCGAACAGUAGAGGGAUUAAUGAACAAGAAAAAGGAAAGUGAGUCAUCGACAAGAAAAGCACGUAAAAAGAGUAGUCCAUCUCCGAUUGAUAAAGAAAAGGCACAAGAAGAUAUAAGUAAGCUUCAGAAAGGAAUUCUGGUUCUGCAGACUGAAAAAGAAUUUAUCAAGAGCUCGUACGAGUCUGGGAUAGCUAAGUAUUGGGAGAUUGAGAAGCAAAUCAUGGAGAUGCAAGAAGAAGUUUGUUGCUUGCAAGAUGAGUUUAGUACAAGUGCGGUCAUUGAAGAUGAGGAGGCACGUGCCAUAAUGACAUCAACAGUUCUUAAAUCUUGUGAUGAUACCAUAGUUAACAUGCAGGAACAGCGGAAGAAAUCAUUGGAACAAGCAAAAGUAGAGUCCGAAAGAACUAAGAUUGCUAAAGCAAAGGUGAAGGCUCUCAGAGGUGAGUAUUGCCAAUCUGAGGUGGAAAGUACAGAGAUGUCUGAUGAAAACACAGAAAUGACCUUCGCUGCUGAAAACAUGGAGGAAGACUAUUCUCUAAAUAAGAUGAGGACCGAGUUACAGUCCGUAUGUGAGAAAAUAAAGGAACAUUUCAAAAUGAACCCUGAAAGUUCUGUGAUUGAGAUUGCAGAAAAGAUAGAAGAGCUUGCAAACAAAGUUAUCACAUUGGAACUCACAGUUUCAUCACAUGCUGUGCAAAUAAAUCGAUUGACUUCAGAAAACGAUGAACUUGAAAAAUGCAUACAGUCGUUUAAAGAGGACAAAAGUAUAUUGAUCGAUGACCCAAAUGAGUUGUCUAAAAGAUUCAAAGAAGCUGAAGAUGAAAUAGGCAGAGUUCAGGCAAUUAAGAAAAUUGUCCAUGAUGAAGAAGCAAAUUUCUGUGAAAAUUAUGUGGAGGCCCAGCAUAGCCUCAAUGGUGUUUUAGAGAAACUGCAGCCUCCUAAACCUCUGGAAAAUGCUUGCGUUGGAGAUGCAUCCCCAGAGGAAGAGGUUUCCGGCAAAAUCCAUGACAUGAAGGGAGAUUUGGUAGAGGAGAUUCAUACAUCUCAGGAACUUGGUUCUUGCCUAGAACAUCCUUCCCAGGUUGAGGCUGGUUCUCAACUCGAAAGUGCUUCGGAGGACCCAAAGAAGGGAAAUGCAUUGGAGGAAAAAGAAUUGUCAAAAGUAGAUCUUACCAACUGUCUAACUAGCACCAAAGAGAUCAUGCUUGAUGGAGAAGAGGAUACUCUUAACUUGCAGCAACUAAUUUUAAGUGGUUUAGAAGGCAAAGAGAAUAUUUUAUUAUCUGAGUGCACAUCAAUCCUGAGAAAUUACAAAGAGACAAAGAGAAGGCUCUCUGAGGUAGAGAAGAAGAAUGAAGACUAUCUUCAAGAAACAAUGGCUCUGAUAGGGAAACUGAAGAACGACAUUGCUAUGAAAGAUGAGGAAAUACGAUUGCUGAGACAGACAUCAGCCUCUGCAAAGAUAAGUCGGAAUGGUUCUGUGAACACUCCUGUUGAAGAAUCUUGGCACGGUCAACGGAGACCUGAAAUCACACGUAGCUCUGCGAUGGUCACAGAGCACUCGAAGCAUCAAGCUUUCGAGGUUUCCGAAGAUCUAAAUACUGAAUCGGCUGCUGCAAGAGCUUCGUCUGUUGUGUUUAGAGAAACACGAAAUCCCCUUUCAAAUGACGUUGAUGCACAGUGCAUCAAUGAGCCAAAGAGCAUUUCUCCUGUCGAAGAAAAGUUCAGGAGGGAUAUCAAUUCACUGCUUGAUGAAAGUUUAGAAUUUUGGCUGAAGUUCAGCACAUCAUUCCAUCUCAUACGCGAGUUCAAAGCCAAAUACGAAGACCUACAAGCGGAUAUUAGUAAGCUGAAGGGCAACAAAAUUAAAGAAUGCACUGAUAAUGUUAGUGAUGAUCAAGCUAGCAAACCUGAAUCAGCACGAAUUACCACAAGACUUAGAGAAUUGAAGACUGAACUCCAUGUAUGGUUGGAACAAGGUGCAUUACUAAGUGGGGAGCUUCAAGGUAGGUUGUCAUCUCUUUGUGACUUGCAAGAAGAGAUAUCCAGUGUUGUCAACAUGAAACCAGAAUCUGGAGAAGCCCUGUUCACUCCUUUUCAGGCGGGAAGUUUUCAAGGUGAGGUGAUGAACAUGAAACAGGAGAACGGUAAGGUUGCAAGUGAAUUACAGGUGGGAAUAGAUCAACUGAGGGAGCUUCAAGCAGAAAUUGAGGAACAGUUGUCUGAUCUAUAUGAGAACUUUCAACCAUUUAUGUUAAAAAGCAGCAGUAAUGAUGACUUGGAACUUGCUCUGAGUAGGAACACGGUACCAUUACGAAAUUUCCUUUUUGGUGUGAAGCCUAAAAAACCAUCUCUAUUAUCACGCAUCCAACACAGUAAGCUUAGAGCUGGGCGCCGGAAAGUUGAUGACAGGUCUAAAUCUUCUCACUGCUGAGUAGCUCAUUUAUGGUUGGAAGGCAGCGACAUUAAUCUCAUCUCCACGACACAUAAGGCUCUUCAGAGGCACAAAUUCUGAUCAUGUUAUCCUCGUAUGCAUCGGCUCAAGAACAGCAACAACAGCUUUUCUUAACUUUCUUAUAUUGGUGCACCUUGGAACUGAGUGUUAUUCCAUCAUAAUCUGGAUGAUAAUGAUUCUUCGAAGAGGAACAAAGAAAAAUAAAUCCUAAUAUGCAAAUUCUUGUUAAAAGCCUGGAUAUGCUCCCAUCUUACAUGUAAAGGUAGUUAGAAGUUGAUAAGUUAAUUCUUUUUUUCCUUUC